GUCCCGAUUAUGCGGGCUCCAGCAUGGCGGACGAAAAGGUGAAGUACGGCCUGCAAAUAUUUCGUGGCAAAAACAGAAUUUAAAUCUUUGAAAUAAUGAUUCAUCUCUUGAAGAACAUUUGUGUGGUGUUAAAAGACGACGGCAGUCGGUACUGAUGAAGAUUUGUGAGUGAUACUGCCCGCAAAAAUUUCAAUGAUGACCCUCCAUUCCAUGUUUGAGGAGACUUCUCGACGUUAUCCCAACAACGUUGCUGCCACAUGUAACUCUGGAAUAGCCAAAGAGCACACAACUUAUCGGGAACUUGACGCCCGUGCUUCCAAAGUGGCGGAUUGUUUAGGCAUUUUAUGCGAAGGACAGAAGGAAAUAGCGAUUUAUUCCAGACAGUCAAUUGGUUUGGUGGCCUGCAUUCUUGGAGUACUGAGGUGCGGAAGUUGCUUUGCACCAGUAGAUUUGAAUUGGCCUCAAGACGUGAUCUCCAAGUUUUUGCUAAAACUUAACGUCAGUCUCGUGCUUGUGGAUAAAGAUCUGCUUGAGUCAUUUCAAAACAUUUCAUCGCAGUGGAAAACAAACUUUCCAAGGAAAUCCAGAGUUGAGCUUAUUACAAAUCAAAAUCUUGAUGCCAAUGGCUUUAUACUUGCAAGAAAGGUCUUUGAAUUGAAGGGAGAUACAGAGAAUAAAGAGCCUCUGAAUCUUGCAUAUAUCAUGCAAACAUCAGGGACGACAGGAGAAGCCAAAGCUGUGAAAGUACCGCACAAAUGCAUAGUGCCAAACAUAACUGAUUUAAGGGAUUUAUUCCAGAUAACAUCGGAUGAUGUGGUGUUUCUUGCGUCCCCCUACACAUUUGAUCCCUUCAUUGUACAAAUGUUCGUAGCAUUUGCAGCAGGAGCCAGGAUUGUCCUUGUACCUGACAGUGUUAAAGUCAUGCCUUCUAAGCUCUGUCAUAUUCUUUUUGAUCAGGAAAGAGUUACUAUUUUGCAACCCACUCCAUCUCUGAUGUAUCACAUAGGCCAAGACCUGAUCAGAACUAAAGUUCUCAAUAAAGAUUCAUCGCUCAGAGUGCUAGCCUUUGGUGGUGAAUCUUGCCCCACCCUCUCCACCCUCAGGCAGUGGAGACCUCCCCAAAGCAAUUCUUUGAUUUACAAUCUUUAUGGAAUCACCGAGGUCUCUUGCUGGGCUUCAUAUCAUCGUAUUUCUGCUGAUGAAUUGGUGGGGGACAGUUCUGGUGCUUGUCAUGGUGAUGUGACAUUUAAAGGUAAAGAUGUGGAGGAUUGCAUUAUUGAUGAAGUCAAUGAUGUACCUCUUGGCUUUCCAUUGUUAGACACGGUAAUCGAGGUGCGAGAUGACAAUGGCAAAGUUGUUCAAGAAGGCAUGGGACAAAUCUAUAUAGGUGGAUCAGAUCGCGUUUGUCUCCUUGGUAACGAAACAUCUCUCGCCACGGGAACGAUGCGUGCAACAGGGGACUGGGCGUACGUGAAGGGCCACAGUAUCUGGUUCUGUGGGCGCAGAGACCGGCAGAUCAAGCGAAUGGGCAAGCGAAUAAAUCUGCAUUGUAUUGAACGUCAGAUUAUGGAACAGCUCCUCGUAAGUUCAUGUUGGCUUGUUUUAGAGGAAGCUGAUAAACGUAAUCAUUCCACACUUCAUUUAUUUGUUGCUGAAAAAUCGUCGUCGUAUGAUAGUGAAAAACUAGCGUCUUUGAAAUACAACUUACGGAACUUGUUACCAGUCGAGGCUCGGCCAGAUUAUGUCCACGUGGUUUCUCAUCUACCAAUGACAGCACAUGGGAAGAUUGACAGAGGCGCCUUAUUGGCUGGUGUUGAGAAGACAUCAAUGCUCGGGGACCUGAAGUCUACAACAGAAUUUCUGGAAUGCGCUUGGAAUGAAGUCAUAGAAGUAAGAGAAGCGGAAAAUGCACAGAAAACAUUCACUUCUAGCAGUUCUGAAAUUACGGAAAAACAGCGUGGAAAUUUUCGUGAAGGAAACACAAAGAGUGUAAAGGAAGAUGAUAUGUUUAUUGCUUGUGGUGGGUCGUCUCUUGAAGCUAUGAGAUUGGUGGAUUUAAUUGAAUCAUUUGUAUCCGAACAGAAGAAAACACCAGCAGACUUCUCAGAAUUGUUGGACGUUAUUCUUAGCAAAUCGUUUAACGCCCUUUGUAACUACGUUGAUGGUAAACUCACUGAAACCGACAAACGAGAAAGUCUGGACUCUACGGCGACACCUCAGGGACCCUUGGAUGCAGAUAGUAGCCGUGAUAGUUUUGCUGCAACUGCUGACCCGCGCGACAGCACUAAACAAUUGAGAGACACGACUUCAGCACGUGAAAGUCACGUGGAUGGAGCUAGUGAAGUGAAUACUCGGGAGAUAGGGACAGGGGAUGGAAAUAAAGAGAUGCCAUUGGAUUGGAAUUCUGACACCGUUUCCUCGCUACAAAGUCCAAUUCUUCCAGCUAAAAGGAAAUCCUUUUCUCUGGCUGAUGGCGUAUCUUUGAAAGAUAACAAGGCAGCCAGGACUGUCAUCAAAGACUCAAACCUCAAAGAAAAUAAUGAUUCAAACGAACAUGAUUUGUUCUGUUUAUCUGAGGUGAAAAAUUGUUUCUGUUCUGUGCGUAGAGCAAACCAGUGGACUGUUUGUUCGUUUUGUAAGUAUUCCAGUCUUAACACGACUAGUCAUGUGACUGUUCAAACUAGCGUCCAGUCGUCCAGCGAGAAGGAGGCGUCAACACUGAAAGAAAAGAUCCUUCACCAGUCCCCCGCUCCACUUGAGGAUGGUAAAUCUCCCGGGACUUGUGUUGUCAGCCAAGAAAUGGGAACCGUUGAUGAUUUCGGUGAAGAAUUCAAAGUUUCUAUCUCCCGUCAGUGGCGAACUUGUUUGUACAAGUGUAUCGAUGCCUCACCCCUUGUGGUAUUUUCACAAAGGACAUCUGAGGGUGAAGUUUUCAUUGGCUCCCACGGUCACGUGUUUAUGUGCAUCAGACUCAGUGACGGUAAAGUCCUGUGGGAGAGUAGGGUCGGGGACAGAAUAGAAUCCUCUGCCGCUCUCUCGAUAUGUGGCCGAUAUGUCAUAGUAGGAUGUUAUGAUGGUAAACUGUACGUAUUUAACCGUUUCACUGGAGAAACACUUUGGACAUUCCAAACCGGUGGAGCAGUGAAAAGCUCUCCGUGCGUCGAUCCACAGACAGGAGUGGCCUGGGUCGGGUCACAUGAUCAUCAUUUAUACGCCCUUGACGUCACAAACAAGCAGUGCGUCUGCGCAAUACACUGUGGUGGUGGAUCAUGCUUCAGUUCUCCAUUCAUAAGUGAAGAGCCAUAUUUGGUAUUCACUGCUACGUUGACCGGCCGGCUUCUUGCUGUUGACCCCGCUGAACACACGAUUCUUUGGAGUCAGCAGUGUCCCAAACCAGUGUUUGCGUCACCGUUAUUGACACCCACUGGUAUUGUUUGCGCGUGCGUCGACGGUUCUGUUUAUUGUUUUGAUUUUCAAGGUCUAUUGUUAUGGCAGUUUCAGACCCGUGACUCGGUGUUCAGCACGCCUACUUAUGUUGGCACAGAACGUGACUCAACGAGCUCCGAUUAUUUAGGACAUCUAGUGUUUGGCUCUCACGACAGAUGUGUGUAUUGCUUAUCACUAAAAGGCGAGCUACAGUGGAGCUUUGCCACGGAUGGAAAAGUUUACUCUAGCCCUUUUGUCGCUGAAUUCAACGCGAAGCACUUGACAAAUGGUCGCGUUACUCGUCACGCAUCUUUUUAUGACAAGCGUGACGCUGGGAUGGCAGUGUUUGUUUGGUCAACUCUUGGCACUCUGUAUGUUCUGGAUCUGUAUUCUGGUGUUUAUUUAGCUUCUUACUCGUUGCCUGGUGAGGUGUUUUCUUCUCCUGUUGUAGUAGACAACAGACUUCUAAUCGGCUGUCGGAAUGACUACAUGUACUCGCUUGAAAUUUCAAAGAGAAAGUGAAAUGAUAAAGUUUCUCAAACGCCACGUGAGAUUUUAGUUAGAUCUGCAUCUACUAGAGAGGUUCUCACUUAAGAGUUGAAGAGUAAUUGGUUUUACACUACUACGUUACACGAUUGACUGGAAAAAAAAAAUCCUGCAACUUUAUCUUCCAAAUUACCAGAGGUGAACGGAAACGAAGCGUGACUCGCUAGCACACGUUUUCCCGCGCUUUGCGUCAGCUACGUCUAUCAACUUCAAGUUUCGAUUGGCUCUUUGGAUUUUCUGUGUCUUUUGUGACUGGCCAGAAUGAUUACUUUGCUUUUGGUCUAACGACACUGAAGUGAAAACCUCUCUAAAAGCGGUGAUUUAUUGUGUCAGAAAUUUUAUCAAGCGUGCGUUGCGUAGUAGGGAACCUAGUUCAGUUAUCUGACAGAGUGCAUUACAGAGAGGGGGCCAGAACUAGACUAUAAGGAACCUGGAAUCCCAGCAAAAGCGAGGUUUCGUUUUUUGUGUUUGCAAGCUAGUCACGAGAAAAGAAGAAGCCAAAUAAUGCAGUAGCGCUUUUUCCGGCUUUCCAACUCGGUGACUAUAACUUAGAAGUUUUACAGAGGUUUUGGUGGAAAUAGGAAAACGUUAAUAUGGGCGCGCUUCAAAUGACACAUUAACAGGAAAAAGGCUAGUUUUUCUUUUAAGCUCUACUUUGUCAAUAAUAAUAAAGGAAACAAACAAAAAAAAGGUUUAGUCAGGGAUCUUUAAAUUGAAUGAAACAAAUCUACGAACUGGACAGAGAACUUAAGGUACCAACAGUAAAGGCUACACACUAAUACAGCAUACUAACUUGACUUGAUUGUGCAAUAUAUUAUUAAAGUGAUUUAAACAACUUCCAUGGAAAUUAAAUGACUAGCAAUAAAAUACCAAGCGAUA